AUGACACUGCGAUGUCAAGUGGACAAUCAGGAUGGCAUCAACGUGUAUUGGCAGAACGUGAAAACAGGUGAUUAUCUGAGUAGAGACCGUAAAAUUGACCCUUUCAAUCGGCUCAGCAAGUCCGCGAAACGCAGGUACCGGAUCAUUGGUGAUUCGGGAUCGGGCGAGUAUAACCUGAUGAUUCGGCGCGUCUCCAUGAACGAUGCAUCUGAGUUCAGAUGCCUUUACUUCACCGACAUGGCCUACUACUCACCGAUAGCCCAUAUCAGAGUAUUGAAACCGCCAGAUAAAGGAUUUCCCUCUUGUAUCCUGGGUCCGAGUUUGCAGAUGGAUGCUGGAGACAAUAUCACCCUCAUAUGUGAGUCCAUGGGAGGAGAUCCACCUGCAACGCUGACGUGGAUUCGAGGAAAAGAAAUCCUUCAGUCAAACUUUGUACCACACGCCAGUCGUAGAGUCGCUGCUUAUCAACACACUCUCACGGAAGCCGACCGGAACGUCAGAUUCACCUGCGUGGCACGGAACCAAGCUUUGGCCCAACCCCGGUCUUGCUAUGUGAUUCCUCUACGGAGCCGUAUCGAAGUCAUCCUCCGCCCGGUUGUUACAACAAUCUACCUUGGCGACAGCAUCAGUUUCAAUUGUAUCUCAGAGAACGUUCCUCAGCUGCAAUAUCACUGGACUGUGAAUGGUAAUCCAAUUACAGAAUCAACGGAAAAGUACAAACUUCUCAAGAGUGGCAUGAGAUUGCGGGUGGUAAAUGCCACUUUGGAAGACGAUGCUUCUGUCAUUGUCUGUCGUGUUGAACAGGCAGAGCUUAGAUUGGGAGAUCACGCCGAGGGACAACUCUACAUACGGCAACUGAAAGAUAACGAGUUUACCAGCGCGAUACUGACCACUGCACCGGUGACGACAACUCCGAUGAUGACCACGCCAGAGGUAAAAUUGACAACUAAACCAACUACCACGCCACUUACUACUACGACUUUGAUCACCACGACUGAACAGGGUACAACCACUCCCAUGGCCACUACUAAGCCUACUACCACUACUUUACCGGUCACAACGCAACAGAUAACUACAACGCAACAGAUAAUUACAACCCAACCGAUAACCACAACCCAACCAGUUACCACAACCCAACAGGUUAUUACAACCCAACCAGUUACCACAACCCAACAGGUUAUUACAACCCAACCAGUUUCCACAACCCAACCAGUUACCACAACCCAACAGGUUAUUACAACCCAACCAGUUACCACAGCCCAACCGAUAACCACAACCCAACCAGUUACCACAACCCAACCGAUAACCACAACCCAACCAGUUACCACAACCCAACCGGUAACCAUAACUGAACCAGCUACAACGACCAAACUUGUUACCACUACCGAAGAAGUAACUACCACCAAGCCAGCAACAACAGAAUCGCAAACGACCACAGAGUCGUUCAUGACGACCAACAACCCACUACCUACUGAUCGACCAAAUGUCAUCAUCAGAGAGGAUGAACUGACACCGACACAGAUAUCCACUGAGCCUCAACCUGAGAAUAUGAUUCCGGACAUACUUGCUGAGAGAAAGCCAACCAGCGUCGACGAUUUGGACAACAAUUUAGCAGGACUGUUGGAGAGAUCUGUCCCUAGACCCAAUUCCAAUUUAAAGGGGAAGUCGAGCCCAAUUGGAGACCGUUCACCUCUUCCCCAGAGGGGUGACAUUCCUGAUCUUCCUCCCAUUACCCGCCCUCCAGUCACUACAACCGCUACGCCUACCACCGCGCCCACCACCGCCCCUACCACCACGCCUACCACCACUGCCCCAACCACCACCACAAGCAUGAAGACUCCUAGAGAAAAAACGCCAGAGAUAGUGCCUUCUUGGAUAGGGAAUGACAUCUUACAAGACGCUCCGACAACAUCCGAGUCGCCGACUCAGCGACCAACAACCAAGUUGACCAAAGCUCCGAAAGCACGCACCACUAAGCCCACAACAACCCUGCCAAACACCGAGGUCUCUGAAACAAAUUCUUCAGAUACCUCCAUCCUCGUCGACGCAAGGCCUCCGCUGACUAAGGUCGUAGGAAAAAGUAACGCUGGAGUAGCUGCUGGGUUGAGUGUCACCUUCAUACUUCUCGCUAUCAUAGGUGUGGGAUUGACCAUUUAUUUCUUAAAAUUCCGAAAAGCACCACAGACAUGAAAAACAUUUUGAUAAGCACGAUCGAAAUAAGAAUUCAUUUCCAUUUUGCAAAAUAUUUUCUCAGUACCAAUGAAAAUUUGUUUGGUUGAAAACCAAUGACUCUAAAACUAGACAGAACUGCAUUUUCAAACCUUGUUCAUGAUUGUAAUCCCCGUUGUUUAUACAUGUAAUAUAAGCAUGUCUUAGCAAUGAGUGCAAUGUAUAAAAUAUGUAAUUGUUACAGAAUAGGCCUACACCAAAACCGGCGGCUUUUAUGUCCAGAAUUAAGUAACUGAAAAUGGAAACCGUGAGGCACAGGCCUUCUUUUUAUUAUCAUUAAUUAAUAGGUACAAAGUUUGAAAGUGAUUCAUCUGCGUUCCGUUAUUUUGUAAUAAUCGAUAUGUUGAAGGAAGAGAGCUAACUUUGUCGUCAAAAUAUUUGUGUACUCUGGUAAUGCAGUCUAUUGCAAAAGUAGACGUGGUUGCAAACUUGAAUGUUUAGAUGAUUCAGUAUUAUUUUCGCCAAACCUGCAUGACGAGUCACCAACAUCCUUCUGAUGGAUUCUGCUGAAUAUUUUAAAGCACGUUUAGGCGAAAAAUACCCACCCCAUUAUGAGAUCUGAGACAUACGUAAAUUUUGUAAAUCACAAAACCCUGGAGAUGGAUGACGCAUGUAACGCUCGCUCACAAGUGUGGUUCCCAUUCGUCUUGCUGAAUUAGACUAGUCAGAAGGAAAAGUGCAAAAAAAAAACGCCAUUUACUGUUUUUCUGAAAUGCGAGGGCGGAGGUUGCAAUUAAUUUCAGAAAACUAAGUGGGCUUUUGCAGCAGAAACUUCAACACCGAAAGCAUGUUAUACAAAAGCUUUUUUGCUUUUUUGUAGAAUGAGAGAAAAUGCGUCGUGAAAAUUAAGUUUUGGGGAGCUCUUACGAGGUGACAGGAAGCAUUAUUCAGCACGGAAUGCCUUCUGGAAACUUCUCAGUAACAGUAAAAACACAAAGGAAUUGCAAGUUCCAUUCACCGCAUCAAUAUUAACAUUAAAGGGGAUGCAAAAGACGUCAGAUGAGAUCUCAUGGGUUUAAGGGCACGGAAGGGGGACCAGACGGUAAACUGAGGUAACCUAUUCACAGACUAACAACCUGUCUGUAUCCAUACAGGUUGCUGGAAAAAGACUGGGCACUAGAUGAAUCAUCGUGUUCCGUAAAGCGAUAGAUGUGUGGCAUACACGCCCUUGAGAGGACCAUUUGUGAACUUUUCUGCCUAAGCAGAAUUGACCAUUUCCAAAUAUCAUAUCCUGAGUGCAAUGAAAGCACAAACUUGGCAAUAAAUACACAAAUGAAAGACGUGAGCCUACACUAUUGCUUGAGAUUACAGAAUUCUUGAAUAUGCAUAUGGCGGAACGUGGUGUGUGAUUAAUGCAUUUCGAGUAUUACUUUAGUCCACUUGUGAUAAAAAAGAACCUGGGAUAUGACGCUUCUCUCGCUUUGCUUAUACUUUUGGGAAAUUAACUGCAUUUUCUAUAUCAGUCAGAAAUUGCGGUAACUGUGCUCUAGGUUAGUUUUUCAUUGAAGACGAAUUUAAAUCAUUGUAUAAAUAGUUGUAUAUAUUUAUCAGUGUCCAUCUUAAUAAUAAUCAGAAGAUUUAGAAUUAUUAGCCCGUGGAUUCAUCGAAAAAGCGAAGUUGCCUUUUGACUGAGGAAAACUGCGUCAGAUGACUUAUUGGAAUGAGCGAAAUGUAUAUGUAAACCUUGAUUUCAAACAGAUGCGAUACUAGACAAUUGUCAUAAUCUUUCUAACACAGGAAACUGCCGGCAUUUAACAGAAGUAUUAUAUUAUAUAGCUAAUACCAAUGUUUCAAUGUUCUGUCACAAAAUGCUUGUUCAUAAAGGCUGCGUGUAUUAAAACAGUUCUGUGAAAAAU